AUGAGGGUGCUGAAACCAUGGACGCUCGAAAUAUUAUCUGUAACAAGUUCAGCACUUUUGUUGAUCGUGCUUGUCUGCCUGCUGGUCGUAUUUGAUGGCAAACCAAUUUUUGACUGGCGCGGAGUGACCCUUAACGCUAUCGUUUCCGUCCUGUCCACAGCCAGUAAAGGCCUCUUGAUGCUGGGCGUCGACGAAGCUGUGGGACAGUGGAAAUGGAUUUUAUUCUGGCGCCAAGAGUGUGUCGUCCUAGACUUCCACACUGUUGACUCCGCCAGUCGAGGUCCGCUGGGGAGUAUCAGGUUGCUGUGGAAGUUUCGCGGCCCCUCAAUGGUGCGAAUUGGUGCGGUUACGAUUCUGCUCGCGCUCGCCCUUGACCCAAUUUCACAACAACUUAUUCAAUUCCGGGAUCACACUGUCUACGUCGCAGACGAUAAAGUCUCCAUUGGCGGCGCAAAGCGGUAUUCCAACGGCAACUCCUUCGGAGUUCAACUGAGCCAUGGAGGGUUUGCAGAUGCCGACUUUGCAAUGCAGGCAGCAGUCUUGUACGGACUAUCCCAUCCCAUUCACGAGGUCAUCCAGCAACUUUCAUUUGAUUGUCCUUCAGGAAACUGCACAUGGGAGCGCCCUUUCGACUCCCUGGCAAUAUGCAGCAAAUGUUACAAUGUCAGUGCCAGCCUCGAGGAGCACACUGACGGAGGUGCUUUAUGGACCUCUCUGAUGCAGAACAAUGGAGGGGCUAUGGCAGAACGGGACUCGAGAGCCUAUCGCCUUCCUAACGGUCUCAUCAUCGACAAUCUGAACCAGUUCUUCUACUCGACGAACGAUUCUCUGAGUUACAUUGGAAGUACACUGAUGACAGCAUUCGGCACCAGUGAUCCUAGCCAAACUAACAUGAUGCCGGACGUGGAUACGCUGAUAUGGGCAAUGAGCAUACUCAAAGUACAUGACGUUCGACUUUCUGAUGAGCCCGUCGACUGGCCCAGUCUGCCAAUAGAAGCCGUUGAAUGCGGUCUGUAUUACUGCGUGAACCAGUACCAGCCCUCGAUCAGUGAUGGAAAGCUCAGGGAAGAUGUUCGCAGCCUCCCAGCGUUCCGUGAUAACGAAUCUUGGCAGCUCUUGGAUCCCACUCUCAAUUACACAACUCUGGAUGUUACCCCUUCCCAAGUCAGUAGCCUUUCGUUCAACAACACCGUCGUUUACUUGGACCACAGCAACCUUCGUCUCUACGUUGCUGGUGAGAAUGGGCAGAACAUCUAUUUUAACGUGUCGCAGAAUGCCGUCAACUCGAUAUCCUCGUUUUUCCAAAACACUUUCGCCGGGGAAAAGAGAACUUUCAACCAAAGUGCAGACGGGAGCUUGGACAUGGUCGUCCCUGGCCAGCUCAAUGGCUUCUACAUGACGAAUGGCCAGACGCAGUAUGAACCCAGCGUGAUGCAGGUGCUAUGGAACACCAGCGACAUUCCUGCCCUCUUCGAGGCGGUGGCACGGAGCAUGACCAACGUCGUCCGGGACGGCGCCGACCCGGGUCCCCCGUCUAGACAUAUGGGCCUGGUCGGCGUUCCGGUCACUUCCUACGAGGUCGAAUGGGCGUGGAUCACGUUGCACUUUGCCAUCCUCCUGACCGGCCUCGUAUUUAUGGUUAGGACGAUCAUGGCGGGGAUGAGAAAAGGCCCGCUACGAGAUCCGGCGCCGGUGUGGAAGACCAGCGCGUUGGCUAAUCUUGUGUUCGGCGCCCAGGUGGGUCGCCCGUUUGCUGACGUGAACACCUUGGAUGAGAUGAAGGAGAUUGCGGCCCGGCAAAGGGCGAAGCUGCUUAAAUCUGGUGGCGUCACGCCAGAUCCUGGGUCGACUAGUGCGUCGAUAAUAAGGCAGUUGGACUGUUGA